UAUAUAUAUUCACCGAAGAAGACUGUAUAUCAUUCAUUUAGAGCAAGAGAAGGAAAAUGGUAGUUAAGUGGAGAGUUGAGAUGAACUCGGCUGCUCCGCAUUUUUUCGUGUUCUUCUUUGUUGUCUUAACAAGCAUAAAAGUUUGCGUCGCAGACUGUGAUAAUUUGCAGGACACUUGCCCAGCAGCUUCACCUGAAGAGCAGACCAUAUUCAUCAAUGGCCUUUCCUGCAAGAACCCCGCAGAAAUAGCUCCUCAUGAUUUCAAGAACAUGGAUUUCGGCGAGGCCGGUUCUACAGACAACAUUGUUCGUUCCUCCAUGAAAAUCAUCUCUGCGCCAGAAUUUCCCGGUCUGAACACUCUUGGCCUCUCAAUUGGUAGAACUGACAUUGGUGUCGAUGGGAUGGUGCGACCGCAUCAGCAUCCAAGAGCGACCGAGAUGAUCUUUGUCGUCGAAGGCGUAUUGGUCGCCGGAUUUCUUGACACAGACAACAAAAUUUUCCAGACAAUGCUCAACGUAGGUGACGUAUUUGUGUUCCCCAGGGGUUUGUUUCACUUCUUUCUGAAUCGUGGUCGUGGGGCUGCCAUACUCUUGUCUGUGUUCAACAGUCGAAAUCCAGGGAUGGAAUCGGUCAAUACCCCACCUCUAGACACAGCCAUAGAUUCAUUACAGAAGCUGAUCCCACUUUCUGAUUCACAUAUUCAUGACUUCGACAAUUUUACUUGGACGGGAUCCGACAGCAUUUUCAGUUUUUAGCAACUUCACGACUUCCUAAAUUAUAUAGUCCGUUUGUAUCUCAGUUCUUUUUUCUUGUUUAAUUGAAACAUGCUACAUGUGUGUGUUGGUGAUUGCAUGAGCUCGUCUAGUAUCCUCAAGUUGGAAUUUUUAAUCCCGUUUAGCCCCUCGUGCAUGUGCAUAAUUGAAGAAGGAACAGAAGCCAAGUAACAAUGGAGUGAAAUUCAAUCCACCUUUUUAAUAAACCCUCUGGGCAAUUCACGUGCCGA